AAGGUGGACACGGCGGCAGCCGCGGUCGCCGCCGCACACGACGCGCCGCCCGCCCCGCGGCAAGUGCCUGUGUUCAUGUGCUCCCCGUGUGGCAUCCGCUUCAGCUCUUCCAGCACCCUGGAGGCACACCAGACCUACUACUGCUCGCACAGGCUCAAGAAUCUCAAAGGCCGAUCAGACAGUGACAGCGAGGAGGGCCGCGCGGCGCCGACCGCGUGUGAGGGCGGCGCGCUGCAGGGCGACGAGAGCGUGGCGUCCGACGCCAGCCACGAGGGCGGCGCCGCGCCGCCCCAGGGCCCGGCGCCGGGCCCGGCGCCCAAGGCGGCGCGCACCGGCAAGCAGUACGCCUGCCCGCACUGCUCGUACAGCGCCGACAAGAAGGUCAGCCUCAACCGGCACAUGCGCAUGCAUUCGGCGUCGCCCGCGCCCGCCGCCGCCACCGCCGCCGCCGUCGCCACCGUCAACGGGGAGGUGCAGCCCGGGGGCGCGGGGGCGGACGCCGGCGCGGUGGGCGCGCCGCAGCUGGUGGACCGCUACUGCCAGGACUGCGACAUCCGCUUCUCGUCGGUGAAGACGUUCCGCGCGCACAAGAUGCACUACUGCAGCACGCGCCACGUCGUCAAGGGCCCCCCACACCUGGGGCCGGCAGCCAAGGCGGCGGCGCCCGCUCCCGCCACAGCCGCCUCCUCGUCGACGGGCGAGUCCGCCCCCGCGUCGCCGGCGGACGGCGCCUCCCCGCCGCCUGGCCCCGCGCUGCCCGCCUCCCCGGGGGCGGCGUCGCCCGCCGUGGUGCCGGUGGGUGUUCCGGCGCCGGCGCCACCACAGCCCAUCCUGGCGCUGCCCACCAACCCCAUCCUGCUGGUGCCCUACUCGCUGUUCCAAGGCGCUAGUCUGCUGACGGGCCCGGCGGCGCUGGCCAUGGCGCACCACGACAGUCCCUGCGUGCUGCUCGCCGACGGCACGCUGCAGCCACUGGCGCAGGGCAUCCUCUCGCAGCACCCCCAUCCCCACCCCCAGCCGCCCCCGCAGGUUCCGGCCGCCUCUCCCGCCGCGGCGCCCGCGGGCCACGCACCGACAUCACAGCCCACGCACAGGGACGACCCCACCACGGGCGGCGAAUCCGCCACCUCCACGCCUCCCAGGCAUCAACAGAGAGAAGGCUCCGAAGCGAGCGGUCCACUAGAUCUGAGCGUGCGGAGGGCAUUAUACGGCGGCGCCGACCAGCCGUUGGGGACGAGCGAAGGCGACGCGGCGGACGGCGACUGCGACGGCCGCGAGGAGGCGGCUGGCGCGGGCGGCGUGGGAUGUGGGCCCUACCUGCUGUCCGCGUCGUCCGCGUCGACGACACCGUCGCCCGCGCCGUCGGCCGCCAGCCCGGCGCGCCGCGGGGACAGCCCCGGCGCCGUGGCCAGCCCCAAACAGCCGCCGCACGCGCCCUCCCCCAAGUCGCCCAGGCGCACCCCCAACGGCGUCGUCGCCGUCAAGCCGGAAGUCCUGGUGGCCAACCAGAAGCGCGUCAUCGUGUCUCCCACCCGCUCCCUCGGCUCGGACGGGCAGUCGGCCGACGAGGUGGCGCCGCCGCCGCCGCUCUCCUACCCCUCGCCGGUGAUAGCGCGGCGCGGCCUCGUGCCCUCCUCGUCGGCGUCUCCGUCGCUGGCGACUCCGCCGCCGCAGCCGGUGACGGCUGUGGCCAAGCUGCCGCCGGUGCUGACGCCCUCCGCCGGGUCGCUGCCGCUGCUGGCGCCGGCGGUGCUGCCCGCGCUGCCGCCGCACGUGCUCGUCAAGCAGGGCGUCUCCAAGUGUCGCGAGUGCAACAUCGUCUUUUGCAAGCACGAGAACUAUGUGGCGCAUAAGCGCCACUACUGCUCGGCGCGCCUCGAGGGCGGCGGCGCGGGCGCGUCGGCGGCGGCGGCGGGCUCCGGCGAGGAGGCGGGCGUGCCUGGCGCGGCCGGCCCCUCUUCGGCGCAGUCCCCGCCCGGGGGCGGCUCCCCCACCGGGGGCGGGCCCGGCAGCCCCCGCGGCGCCGCCCAGCAGCCGCUGCCCCACAAGACGCUGCUGCAGUUCAUCUGCGGAGCCUGCGGCAUCAAAUUCACCUCCCUCGACAACCUGAACGCGCACCAGGCCUACUACUGCCCCAAGCGCGCAGAGCUGCCUGCCGCCAAGCCGCCUGAAGACAAGUUGGGCCGCAAGUGCCCCAAGUGCAAGGUGCUGGUGCCGGCAGAGCAGGUGGGGACGCACCAGUGCUGCGGCAGCGGCGCGGGGGCGGGCGCGGGCUGGAAGUGCCCCUGCUGCGAGGUGGUGAGCCCGACGGCGAGCGCCGCCCAGCGCCACAUGGACACACACAGCGGCGUGCGCGCCUUCCGCUGCACCAUCUGCCGCUACAAGGGCAACACGCUGCGCGGCAUGCGAACCCACAUCCGCAUGCACUUCGAGAAGAGGACAGCCGACCUGCAGGAGGAGAAUUACAUCACGUGCAUCACUGGAGAGGACGCGGUGCACCAGCCGCAGCAACCGCAGCCGGGGGCGGCGCCGGCGCCAGCUCCCACCCCCGCUUCGGCGCCCGCCCCCGCGCCCACCUCUGCCACGGACGCUUACCCCGAGUCACCCAGCGACGGCGGCGACUCGGGCCGCAUCGACAAACUGCACUUCUGCGACGCUUGCAGCUACAACUCCUCCUACAAGGGCAACGUGGUGCGCCACUGCAAGCUGGUGCACAGCGGCCGGGCAGGCGUCGGCGUCGCGACUGCCGACGACGCCGCCUCGUCGUCGUCUUCGUCGUCGUCGUCGUCCUGCUCCUCCGCGGCGGACCGCAAGUCCGGCGGCGCGACGGCAGACGCGGCCGUGGCGGCCACGACGGUGGCGGCGGCCGCCGCGACGCCGAGGGCGGGCGCGGACGCCGACGCGUCGGUGGUGAAGCGCGAGCCCGCAGAGGGCGAGGGCGCCGUGUCCGCCGUCAAGACGGAGCCCGGCGCCGACGACGCCGCCGCCGAGGACGCCGCCGCCGGCGCGCCGGCCGAGGAGCACGGCGCCGCCGCCGAGGUCAACCUGGCCAGGCCCAAGUACUGCAAGUCGUGCGACAUCUCCUUCCAGUACCUCUCCACCUUCAUCGCGCACAAGAAGUACUACUGCUCCAGCCACGCGGCCGAAAACUCCGCCAACAACAGGACGACGGAGGCGUCCGUUCUGUAGGGAGGUCGCGAAAUCUCAUCCAAAACACCUGUUACGUCGUCCUCGUAACAAUUCUCGUGUAAUUAUUUAUUCGUAAGUUGUGUGGAUUUGUCACACUGUGAUGACAUCUGUAGAUUUACGUCGUUGUUGGAAAUCGUGUUCGUGUACAUGUUCUGUAGUAAUCUAUUUUAACUGCCGGUGACUGUGGUGCCGUACAGACAGACAGGGUUCUGACACGUGUGAGAAAUAUUGUCGUACGUUAAAUGUUUUGCAUACAUAUAUAUAUAUAUAUAUAUAUUGUUUAGUACAAAUAAUUUUUUAAAAUAUUCUCAUUAGUCAAAUCUGAUACACGUGCACAAGGCAACUAAAAACUAUCUCAGCGAGCGCUCUUUUAAUUUUUAUUCUCAUUAGAUGAUUCAUAAUUUUCAUAAUGUCUUCCUUCAGUUAACUUUCGAUUUUAGAACUUGCCGGCUCCGUGAUAGAUUUAUGCUCUUGUUAAUACUAUUAAGACGUGAAGUUCUGUGAUAUAAAUGAAAUACAGAAUAAACAGAAUGUAAAAUUAAAGUUACACAAGUCUGCGUCACUGGCAGAUAUUGGUGAAACAAUUUCGGAUGAGGACAUACGUAUGUACUGUGCAUAAAUGAAAAUUUGCCCCCUCAUGUUUUAAUAUGAAACAUGGAUUUUUUUUAGAUCCUUAGAUUCAUACAAUACUUGAAUCUCUCUGUUAUAGUGGUUUAGAACAAAGUAACCAAUAAUGUAUUUUAACUGGGAAUAUUCCCCUCAUAGCAGCCUGACAACAAAUAAUGUAAAGAAACAAAUUCCUCUCACACUAGGUAAGAAAAUAGAGACACUCUCUCUUCCUCAUGGAAUCCCUAAUAAUAAAUGUGAGAUUGUUAAUAUACAUAUAAAGUUUAUCACUACUGUGAAACUUAUGGUAUAAGAUGUUGUCUUGCUGAUUCAAGAACAGCUCUCAUCAUAACAUAAACCUCUAAGACUACCUAUAACAAAUGAAAUGAUUUUCAGAAGCAAGAAAACGUAUUUAUGGGGAGUAAAACACACUAUGAAAGUUUCUCUCUUAUUUACACAUUCAUGUUAGGAACUGGCUUUUGUCUUACAACUUAACUGGGAAACAAUUAACAUUGUCAGAUAUGAUAGUACAGAGAAUAAUACCAAAUCAAUCUCUAAAAUGAGACAGUGGGACAUUAGUGCCUCACUUACUCUCAAUUUUGCUUCUGCCAGUAAAACUAAGCAAUUAUCAUACUUCCCACAAUAUUAAAAUAUGGCCAAAUAUAAUUCACAGUGAAACUGAACAUCUACAGUAAGUUCAGUACAGCCGAAGCAGACCUAAUUUAUCAUCUACAUGCAUUAUAAAAGCAAUCCACAGCUCUUGUAAGUUUCAACAAUCCUUGUCAUACACCAUAUCUAUAACAUAAUUCCUUCUGUAAUAGCACUGGUAUGUUUUAGGAUGAUUAAUACUCUAUUCCAAUGAUACUUCUCUUCUGCCAAUGAUAAAUUUAACUGUAUUUGGUAUGCCAAAAUAACACUCAGUUUUAAUGUUCAUUAUUUCAAAGAAUUUUUUGAGAUAUUCCUACAAGCUACCAUUUACAGUGACAAUAAUCUCUUGGGCCAUGAACUUAUAUUUGGAAACACAAAGCAUACUUGUGCCUUUGCACUGUAUAUAUGUAAGUAAAACAUCCCUGGUUUUGUUUUAUAACUCUUAAAUACAUAAGUGCUAUACCUAGGAGGGCUGGGAGAACUCACUGAAACGAAAAUUUCAAUACUAAAGUGACACUAUUUGGACACAUUGAAAACAAUGAAAAUGAAUCUCUUGCGGACAAUAUGCUAGUGUGGAAGUUUCAUUUAUUACAAUUUAACAAUUUUAUAUUGUCUUAACAGAUCAAAUGAAAUAUUGUUAUAAUGAGGCCAGUGAAUAUUUACAGGAGAUAAAGCACUAGUAACUCUAAAUUACAGGCACUUUACUGUUGCAGCACAAGUAUAUUAAAUGACUCUGAGAUGACCGAUCUUAAGCCUAUGCUACCAAAUUUUCUGCAGUAAUGAAUGUAGUAGAUCUGAUGCAGUAUGAGUGAAAUUUUCACAACUGUAAUCAAUGCUACUGAAGAAAAUUUUUAAACUACGCAAGACUGAUAAAGAAAAAGCUUUUACCACAGCACAUCAGCAAAUAUUUUUUCUCCAGAAAAGAAUGAUUUAGAAGCCUCUUAAUGAUUAAGCAAAUGUCACACAAUUUAACAACUAUCUUCAGAAGGUUUUUUUGUCUUUUUUUUAAGAUAGCAGUUAUCGCAAAUGGAAAUACUACAUUGCAAGAGUGACAAGAAGAUAGACAUCUCUUUAGUUUUUCAACAUUCUUUCCAUAUUGACUAAUCCAAUUCUCAACCACUUUUCUCUCUCAGUGCAACAAAUUUACAAAUAUCUUGUUAUGACUACACAGUAUAUAAUGCUAUAGUUAGCGGAAAUAACUGGCAGAAAAUGCAAUGAAGCAGUAGAGGUACAGAUCACUGGCCAAAAUGCCGGUUAAAUACAGCUAUCAGAAACACAAAAGAGCAUAUUUCAGUUUUCACUCCCAUCGCAUUUCUGUUGUAAUUUGAAGAGGAAAAUACUUGACUGCCAGAUUCUUUAAGUCAACAUUAUCUAUGAUUGAUUGAGAAGCUAUGAGUAAAAGUGUAUGUCAUAGUCCAUUCUAGAAUCUCAGGCUUAAAAUAUGUGAAAAAUCAUCUGUAAUGUGAGCACUAAAAACAGCAAUAAUCAUUACAAGCAUAAGGCAAACAAAAAUUAGUUCCAAAUGUAAACUCAAAAAAAGUCUUUCUUUUCUUACUUAGAUACAUCUGACAGAUCUUAAAGCCAGUGUGUCUUAGAAAGUGAAUGUUCACCAAGUAUAAUAUUCAAAAAUUUACAGCAUACAAAUCUGGUUUUAAUGCUGAAUUCAGUACCAAAGGCAACAGGAUAAUCAGAAAUUUUUCUGUGUUGAAAAAAACAUAAACACAGAACAGUGGCAUAAAAAUUUAUAAUUCCACUUACCAAAUCAGCAAAUCAUAAAUGAUUUUAUGUCUACUAUGCCUGAUAAGGUUCACACAAAUUACCUGAUUCAUAAAACCUUGGUAAUUAAAUUAAUUCAUUUUAUUGAUUGUAUAGGUAGUUAACCUGUGUCACUGUUGUUGAUCAGAUGUUAUCUUAAAUCACACUACCUACAAGCUGUUGUCUUCCAUUACAAAUAGUUCAUGAUGUCAUUAAAUGUAACUAAAUAUUUUUACUUUGUAUUGUUAUUAUAAAUUUAUGUUGUUUCUAGAAACGAAGCUAAUCUCUCUUGCAUGUAUUUCACAUCAUUUACAUUAAUGCCUUAUCACAAGCAUAUUCCUCAAAGACUCAUGCAAAUAACAAGAGAAAAAUAUUAAGAUAUACAUCUAUGAUCUAUACCUAAAUUCAACAAUGAAUUUUGGAGUUCAUUUGACUGCAUUGAGGGUGAUAUCUCAGAUCUAUCUGUGUAGAAUAUAGAAAAUUUUUCCAUAUUAUUUGACAUAAACUUAUAUGUGUACACUUAUCGUGAAACUGUGAGGAUUAUUACAUGUGAAUGAAUGAAAUUGAAGCUAUUAUAAUAGAGAUUUGUUUUAAAAGGAAUGAAUAUUGUAUCUGUAGAAUGAGAUGUUUUGUAGGUUAUAUAUGUCGUUGUGCAUGUGUGGCGUAUAUUUGUUCUAGAUUGUGUAAAUGCUGCCCCCUUGUUAAUGUAACAUUAUCCCCUUGCCAAAGGUUUAUAUGAGUUGAAAAAUAUAUGAAUUGAAAAAAACACACCUUUGACUGUAAGCUUUGAAUCUUUUUGACUUUUUAUAUUUUGUGGAUAACCUUCAACAUAGUAGCUGUAUAGUAUGAUAGCUCUGUGUAAAGUUACUGUUUGUAAAUGAAAAUGUGUUAAAAACUGUUGGUGCUACAUAGGAAUUAUAGUAUCCAAUGCAGCUCGCACUCAUGCUGCCAGUCAUUGCGAGGAUAAAUCAGCCAUACCCGGAGACAAUAAAUUAUUUAUUUGUAA